AUGAGAUUAUUUACUAUCAUUUGUUUAUCACUUUUAAUUGGGAUAUAAUGUACGAGUAUAAGUGAUAAAUACCCAUCUUUAAAGAAGAAAAUUUCAUUAGUUUAAAUGAUGACCAAUAUUGAAAGUAAAAUGGGAGUAAAGGCUCCAAUACAAGAAAUAUUUAAACUUGUUGAUGAUUAUAAAGAUUCUAUUUUGGAUGAAUAAUUAAAUUAAAAUAAUUUGUAUGACAGGUAGUCUAAAGAAUGUGUUGAUGAAAUUGAUUUCAGAGAAAAAGAAAUUGAAUCUGCUUCUGAUGCUGUUAAGAAGGCAUAAACAGCUUUAGAUUCUUGCAAAAAUCAAAAUGCUCGUGCUUAAUCAGAUCUUGAUACAGUUAAUAAUCAAGUUUAAGAAACUCAAAAUUAUUUAUCAUAAAUUAUUGCUACUAGAGAAUAAUAAGCUGAUGAUUUCUAAAAGGCAGCAUAAGCCUAUAGCUACAAUGCUGAAGCAGCUGACGAAGCAAUAGAAAUUCUGUCAGAAAUCUGGAGCGGUGAAGCUAGUUUUGUGUAAUUAGCCAGCCAUGCUAACAGGAUGCUUGUACAUGCAAUUUAAAUUAAAAAAGUACACAAACUUACUCCAGUAAUGACUGCGUUAGCUCAGCUAGCUACUAAAAAAUUAAUAGCUGAUGAAGCUUUAAUAAAUAAUGUAAUGAGUCUUUUGAGAGACUUCAGAGCUAGUUUAGAAGUUGAUUUUUAAAAUUUACAAGAAUCUGAGUAAUCUGCCAUUGAACAAUAUAACACAAACAAAUCAAGAACUGAAGAUUUCUUAUACACUCUUUAGAAAUCUUAAAAAGACCUCUAAGCUGAACUGGUCAAGCUCAAUCAAUGCAUAAACAAUUAGUCAGCUAUCUUUACAACAGCUCAAGCAAAGCUUCAAAGAAAUACCUAGCUUUUGGAUGCAGCUUAAAAUAUGUGUACAUCAUUCAAAAAAGAAUAUGAUUCUGCAACUAAUGCCAGAAACUAGGAGCUUGAAUUAAUUGAGGUUAUCAGAUAAAAAUUAGAAGCUAAGUAUGGUUAGCUAUCAGAGCUUGUUAAGGAAAGAGCUUCAGAGGAUAAUUUUGGUUAGAAUUAAGGCCAUGAAGAUUAUAAAGAAGAAUAAUACUAACAAAACAAAUAUUAUUGA